AUGACGGAAACAGCAGACUUUUAUAAAGAGCUGUUUCAAAGUGGUAAAGUGGAAAAUAAGAAACGAAGGGCCAUAUGGAAAGAAGUUCUUGAUAUUCCUUCGUCGUUUACACCAACAAUUGCACCAACAACUGAUCAUCGUGAUUUUAAGCAAGUUGAGAAAGAUGUUAACAGAAGCUUCCUUCACUUACAAGAUUCGGACUUCAAAACUCGUCGCAGACAACAAUUAUUAAACGUGAUAUUAUCUGUACUCGAAAGGCAUGCUCCUCUUCAUUACUGUCAAGGUAUACAUCAUAUUGCAUCAAUAAUUCUUACAUUUGCACGAGAGCCUCUCGCAAUGUUAAUUUUUGAAAGAUUAGCAUUGGGCCCAUUGCUACCAUUUCUGCAAGAAAAUUUAGAAGGAUUAGCAUCAAUGAUGAAUUUUGUCAUGCCUAUAAUCAAAUUGGUCGAUCCAGAGCUUUGGCAGCAUUUCGAUGAAAAUGAUUUUGACACUUCAUAUUAUACAGCACCAUAUAUUGUUUCAUGGUUUGUACCUCAGGCUUCUUCACUUGAAGUUGCGCUAAAAUACCUCGAUUUUUUCGUAAUUUCAAAUCCGAUUAUGCCAGUUUACUUAAUUGUCGCUUAUACUCUGCAUAGGAAAUCAGAAUUCAUGUCUAAGUACGAUUACGAAGCUAUUUCUCAAGUUUCAGAUAACAUUACUCAUGGAAUUGAUCCUGAUGUCUGUAUCAAUAGAGCAAUUGAAAUCUUCAAACAGUUUCCACCUGUUGUCGUACUGAAUAAUAAUCCCAAACUAUUCAUCUCGAAAAAUCUUACACUUUUGAAUCCACGCGUUGAUUAUCCUUUUCCAUUCCCUACUUUUCCUAAAGCACAGUUACUUCCACAUAAUAUAUAUGAAAAGCAUCUUUCAGACGAGAAAAGUGAUUCCAAACUCAUUACAGGAAUUCUUUCUGCGUUAACAAUUCUUGGAGCAAUAGGAUUACGAAUUCUAGAGCUCUAA